AUGGCUGCAAAAUUAGCUUAUAAAUUAUUUUCGUUUUUCUUCCUAUUGGCAUUAGCCGUCGAUGGGAUCGUCGUGGAAUUGCAUGGACCGUCGAGCGCUGAGCGUCGAUUGCAUUACGACAUGUUAUUGUCCUCCUCAUCAGGAUCAGUGCGCGAUGAAAAGGGCAUUCCAACUAUUGGCCCCUACGUCAAGGGGUUGUCCAUUGGAACUCCCUACCAACCGAUGCAAAAAAUCUCGCUGACCACGACGAGCGCCGAUCUACUGAUAUUCAGCAAGAAUUUCACACGGCCCGCCUGGGCUUUUAAUGAAGAAGCAUCCGAUACUUUCGAAUGGAUGAACAGCACUUACACCAAUUUAACGGCUACUGUGGAUGGGUCACAAAUGAGAAUGAAUGGAAGGGUGUGCAUGGAAUCUUUCCAAUUCAACCACGAGGUCGAGCUGUUUCAAGACUACAUCCUCUAUUUCGCUCUAAUCGACAGCGCCUCAAACAAUUCGAAUGAAUACCCCGGAAAUGGAAUAUCGGGAAUUAUGGGAUUGGGAUUCCCCGAGCAGGGAUCUCCCCAUCUUGACGUGGCUGCUGUAGCAUUUCUGAAUGAUGCGGAUUACGAAAAAGGAGUCACACUCAACUCUUAUACCUGUGAUCAGGGAGGACUGCAAGAAACGGUGGGUAUCUUCUCAGUGUCAGCCCAUCUUGACUCUGCACAUUGUGAUCGUCGACAAUAUAUUGAAACUCCGAUAUACUACGAUGAACAGUGGAGUUUGCACAUCCCUAGCUUUACCUACAAUGGCUAUGACUCGAAAAAGGGCACAAUUGCAACCAUAAAUAUUCAACAGCUAGCCCUCGGAAUGCCGGACGAUUUGUAUGCGCAAGUUGCAAAAGUGCUGGGCGUCGAUCCGACGGCAAAUUUUCCGUACAUCGAUUGCUAUGAGGAUUUUCCUCAAAUUUCUCUAAAAUUGGCGAAUGGAACGGUGACUUUGGGCGCAACAGCGUACAUCGACAAAUUCGCGGAUUUCCCUCCGACCUGCCGUCUCAUCGCCUACCCAAUCAAGGCCACCGGAUUCCUAAAUGCAUGGGUUUUCGGCUACUCGGUGAUGGUGGAUCAAUGCCUAUUCCUUGGAUGGGAUCGCCGAGUUGUCGGCUUUGCCCCAGCAACCGCCAAAUGU